AUGACUUCUGGCAAGGCUACUACUCCAGCAGACAAGCACAACGAUUUGCUCUUCUUGAUGGUGAAUUGCAUCCAAAUCCUCUGCGUGCUUAUUGUGCUCAUGCAAGCUCUGUCAACGACCGAACUUCGAGGAAACUUCUACUACGCCGAUCGGGCGAAUAUCCGCAAGAUGCUCCUAGAAUCUGACGGUCUGCGCUGCAAAGAAUUCGUCAUAUACAAUGCUGAGCCGCCAACACCGCAGGAGAAAUGGGAUGAACACCUCAGCAAUAGCGGAUAUGCUACAUUGAAAGAUCGAGAGGAGAGAAGUGAAGGCAGCAAGGACAACACUCCUAGUUCUGGACGAAUCCUGACAAUUCUGGAGCGCAGCCUGAAAGUCACUGGCGACGAAGUAAAUUCGACCACUGGGGAAUUGAAGAUGCGGAUUUCUCUUCUCUUCGAAUGGAAAACCGGUCAUGGACAGCUUGAUGUGUUGCAAAUGCCAGAAGAUGUCGAGAAUCUGACGGAAAGUAUUCUUCGAGAAUCUCCGGAUAUGGCCUCAUUGAAUACAAGUCUACCGAACAUUACUUCAACAGACAAAGGGACCGCCAACACCGCCAAAAUUCCUCUGCCUUCGGUUGCUAGUGCAGAAAAUUCUGAGGAGAUAAAGGAUGUUGAGGAGAAGGAAUACCCGACCAAUUCUGACAACCAAAUACAGCCUCGCUUCCCUAAUGGGACUCACGCAUACAAGAUCAACAAAAUGGAAGGAAUGCAAGAAAACAAGCCUGCCGAUGUUUUCGAUCCGUUCAACCACGUAGCAAAGCAUUUGCUCGUCUACACUCUAGCCAGUUUCCUCCACUUGAUUCUUCAAUUCUGUCGCUGUGCUCUCAGCGACAAUAAUGGACGUUAUUCGGUAAUUUUUCUGACUUAA